AUGGCCCCUCUUUGGCCAUGGAUGGGCGCCUUCCUAGCAGCCCUGCCAGUGGCUCUAGCAGGACAUGGCGACCCUAUCUCCCAGAAAUAUAUUGUCGAGUUUACUGAUUCCGAGACUUCGUCCGCCGGCUUCCUCUCCACCCUCAAUGACCAUGGCAUUCCAGCCAGUCUCAACCAUGACCUGUCCUUCGCUCUUUUCCAUGGUGGAUCUUUUACUCUGCUAGACAACAAGCAGAACGAGGCUGCCAUUGUCAAGCAGAUCUCCUCGUGGCCGGUGGUCAAAAAGGUCUCCCCGGUGCGGGAGCUGCACCAACCUCAGCGCCCCGUUUCGAGUGUCGCCCACGGCGCUCCCAUCCGCCAUAGUCCUGUCCCUCACGAUCUGCGACGCCGUGACACGACGGGUCAGGAAGGCAACGACUACCCACACAUCAUGACUGGAGUCGACAAGUUGCGCCAGGAAGGCUACCUGGGUACAGGAAUUCGCGUAGCGGUGAUCGACUCGGGCGUUGACUACAAGCACCCCGCUCUCGGUGGCUGCUUUGGCAAGGGUUGUCUGGUUGAAUUCGGCUUCAACUUCCUCGACAACACUACCGACCCGUGGGAAGGCCACUCUGGACAUGGAACUCAUGUCUCUGGACUGAUCGCAGCUCAGCCCAACCCCUUCAACUUCACCGGCGUAGCCCCGAAUGUGACUCUUGGUCAUUACAAGAUCCUUGGAAAGCGGACAGUGAAACUCGGUACUGACCUCGUUGCUGCCGCUUUCAAGAAGGCCUACGAGGACAAAGCAGACAUCAUCUCAGCUUCGUUUGGCACGUACAAGGGCUGGAGCGACGAACCGUGGGGACAGCUGAUCCAGAAAUUGGCCGAGGCUGGGCUUCCCUCGUUCAUUGCCACUGGCAAUGACGGAAAUAAUGGCUUGUUCCUGGCCUCGAAUGGUAUCGACAAUGCUGCUGGCAUUGGCAUCGGGUCCUUCAACAACGUGUAUAGUCCACUGCUGCUGCCUGGAGCUUCCUAUUCCACCGGGAACACCACCAAGGAGUUUGUUUGGCAGCUCGCGGGUACGUCCGACUUCAAGAAUGGCACCUACUCUCUCUACCCGAGCAGCCUGAAUGCGUCCGUCAUUGGUGAUUCUUGCGAGCCAUGGACAGCGGACCACCCGAACAUCUCCAACAAGAUCGUCCUCAUUCGCUAUGGUGGCUGCCGCAACAGUGUGCAGCAGGCCAAUGCGGUCAAGGCCGGUGCGAAGAACAUCCUGUUUUAUAACAAUGAGCCGGGCACCUAUGAGCUUCCUGUCCAGAACUCUGCUCUGGUGGGCCUAGGGAUGGUCUCUGCCCAGACUGGCGAGAACUGGGUGAAACUGGCCGCCUCUGGAGCCAACAUUACUCUGCACAUGACCAGCGCAAACAACGAACUCCUUCCUGUGACAGCAGUUUCGGGAGUCGGUGGCUUCAUGCUGUCGACAUGGCCGCUCCUUGAGGGCGGCUACGCCGUGGAUAGUGGUACUUCGAUGGCGACGCCCUACGUUGCUGGCUGCGUUGCCCUCCUCAUGGAGGCUCGUGGAAAGGGCAAGGUAACCCCUGCUGAGAUCAAGUCUCUAUUGUCGACCACUGCUAAGCCGAAUGUGUUCCAUGAUGGCGUUACAGCCUCGCCCUUCCUGGCCUCCGUGGCGCAGCAGGGAGGCGGCCUUAUCGAUGCCUACAAACUUGUGCACACCACCACCAAGUUCAAUGUGAGCACCAUCGCCUUCAAUGACACCGAGCAUCUCGCCCCGGCGUGGAUCCGCAUCAACAACACCGGCUCCGAGCCGCGUGUCUACACUGUCGGCCACGUGGUGGCCGCUACCGUCUACACUCUGUCCGACAACAGUUCCAUCCCGCAAAGGAACAGACUCGGCCACUUCGUGGACCGCACUACCGAGGGCGCCUCGCUCAAGUUCAGCUCAUCCGUCGUGCUCGUGGCCCCCGGCGAGUCUGCCGUGCUGAAGGUCACUGCUACCCCGCCCAAGGGUGUCAUCGCCCGUCGCAUCCCCGUCUACAGCGGAUACGUCACGUUCAACGGAACCUCAGCGGAUGAUUCCUUCUCGGUUCCCUACCUGGGGGUUGCCACCGCCAUGCGCAACGUGACGAUCCUAGACACCACGCAAGGUGGCAACUAUAUCAUCGACAGCACCACCCAGAAACGCGUCCAGGCCAACCACCAGUUCGUCCUGCCGGGCAAGAAUGGCCCGCCCCCGGCGCAAACACCAGCUACCCCAUCUUCCAGACCCAGCUCUCAAUGGGAACGGAUCUGCUCCUCGUCGGUGUCCAAUCGGCAAACAGCCGCACUAUCCUCCCAGUGUCUGAUCCCCUGACAGCCCUCGCGCGGAGUGUUGAUGGUCUAGCUGGCCCCCACCCAUUUCUUGGAUGGGCAAGUUGGCGAACGGUUCGUAUGUCUCAGCGGGCAACUACUCUCUAGUUGUGCGUGCGUUGAAAAUUUUCGGCAACCGCACUAACCCGCGGGAUUAUGACACCGUGCGCACGGUCAACUUUGGGAUCACAUACGCUCCCCCCAGCUGACCAUGAAUGAGCUACAGAGCCGUUCAAGCUCGGGAUGCAUUGCAUCUUCAUCCUGGUACUCACCUAGGCAUCUGGACCUCGGCAUGGCUCUCAUGCAUGUCCAAGCUUUGGUCCUUACACUUUGUCCAUUCUUUGCACAGCCUUUUCUGUCCCUUCUGAGUAGGACGGAUCGUAAUAAUCAUUUCUUCUAAUAGGACCCUGUUGUUGACAGCAGCAGUGACAUUGGCAUUCGUAUCACCUUCUAAUAUAAGCUGCCAAC